AAAAAAAUACUUCAUGACCCUGAAGACUUUGCUUCUUGGGGGUAUAAAAGCUUUUAGAUUCUCUUGGAUCAUCACAGUUAGCCUUCAACUUGCUUGCAGUUCGAAUCGCAAUACACAAACCCUCAACUCUGUAAUCAUGUUCAAGCUGUGUGUCUUCUUCGGAAUUUUGGCUGUUGCUGCUGCUGCUCCAGCUCCAGCUCCAGCUCCAGGACUAUCACCAUUAUUUCAAACCUAUGCUGCUCUUCCUGCAGCAUUUCCUGUGUCAUCAAGUAGUCAACAAUUCUUCAGAAACCACAAUACAUACGCUGCUGCUCCACUUACUUAUGCUGCACCUCUUUCAUACAACGCCUAUGCGUAUCACCCUGCUCCAACUUAUUACAUCUAAGUCAACAUUGAUAACUCAAAAAAUCUCAUCGUCUCAUUUUUAAAAAAUAAUUUGUUUAUUUUUGGCUCUAUAUAUGCAUCAUAAUUCUGAAUUUAUAAUUAAACUGAAAAAUAAACCAGACAUUCAAUUUAAAA